UGGUGAGUCUAUAUAAAGCAUUAGCAUCUCUGAGGGAUUGUGUGAGCUUACUGAGCUAAGAGGAUGGCUGCUCUUGUUGAAGAUGAUCAUGAUACUCUUCAAAAGGAACCUGAGACUGGUGGCUCUGAAGGCACUGCUGAUGAUAGAGGUCGUACAUCAUUACACAGAGCAUGUAAAGAUGGUAACUAUAAAGCAGUUGCUGAACUGUUGCAAGAAAAAGCAGUGGAUAUCAAUGCUAUUAGUCACAUUGGAUUUACACCACUUCAUUAUGCUUGUGAAGGUCGAGGUGAUAAAGGAAUUGUUCAGCUUCUUAUUCAAAAAUCUGCUGGUUGCCUGAAGUUGGGAUUGAAUGGAAUUGAAGAAGUUCCAAUACCUGAUGACCCUAAUGUUCAGUCUAAAGUUAAAGAGUAUAUCAAUCGCACUGAUAAUCUUAAACGUACACCACUUGGUAUUGCCUGUUAUAAAGGACAUAAAGAAAUAGUUAAACUACUACUGGAGCAUGGAGCUGAUUUCAAUGUCACUGAUAAUGAUGGAAAUACACCACUUACAUUGUGUAUUAGUGCCUGUAUAGAAGGACAUACAGAAAUAGUCGAACUACUACUGAAGCAUGGAGCUAAUGUCAAUGUCACUAAUAAUAAUGGAAAUACACCACUUACAUUGUGUAUUAGUGCCUGUAUAAAAGAAGAUAAAGAAAUAGUUGAACUACUACUGAAGCAUGGAGCUAAUUUCAAUGUCACUGAUGAUGAUGGAAAUACACCACUUGGUAUUGCCUGUAUAAGAGGACAUGAAGAAGCAGCUAAACUACUACUGAAGCAUGCUGGAGUUGGUAUCAAUUGCACUAAUGUUGAAGGAAAUACACCACUUAAUAGUGCCUGUAUAGAAGGACAUACAGAAAUAGUUAAACUACUGCUGGAGUAUAAAGCUAAUGUCAAUGUCUUUAAUAGACAAAAAGUAUCAGACACAUAUACACCACUUGGUAGUGCCUGCUAUAAAAGACAUACAGAAAUAGUUAAACUACUACUAGAGAAGGAUGGAGUUGAAGUCAAUGUCACUGAUAAUGAUGGAAAUACACCUCUUGGUAUUGCCUGUAAAGCAGGGCAUACAGGAAUAGUUAAAAUACUACUACUGGAGCAGAACGGAGUUUAUCCAUUUAUCAAUGACACUAAUAAACAAAAACGUACACCACUUGGUAUUGCCUGUGUAGAAGGACAUACAGAAAUAGUUAAACUACUACUGGAGCAUGGAGCUAAUGUCAAUGUCACUGAUAAUUAUGGAAAUACACCACUUAGUAGUGCCUGUAAUACAGGGCAUACAGAAAUAGUCAAACUACUACUGAAGCAAGAUGUUGAUGAAAAAAUAAAUGCUCUAGAUGUUGCUGUGGUGUUAGGACGUAGAGAUGCUGCAAUGGCUAUAGUCAAAAGUGAUAAGUGGGAGGAUGCAUUAUGUAGUUAUGAAGUUGGGGAUGCAAAUGUUUUGGAUACAAUUGUUGUGGAUAAAAGUGUUGGGGAUACAAGUGCUGGGGAUACGAGUGGUGAUGAUCGAAUAUUUAGCAAGUUAUUAAAAUUUUGCAAAAAUAAGAGAAAAGAUGCUAUUACAACACCAAUGAGAAGGGUAAUUGAGAAGAUGCCAGAUGUAGCUAAAGUUGUUUUUGAUCGCUGCUGUGAGACAAAAGGAUCACCAUAUGAUAAUGAUUAUGAGAUUACUUAUAAUUAUGAGUUUCUUGAGGAUUUUGAUCUUGAUGACAGACAGACACAACCUAGUCACUUAAAGAGUGAUAAUAAUGAUUGCAAGAGAUCAAAAUGGCCUCCACAAUCAAGAUACUCUAGUCAGAAUCAUUGUCUUAAUAUUCUUGCUAAUUCACCUAGUGCAGAUUUAUUGAAGCAUCCGCUUGCUGCUACCCUUCUUGAUCAAAAAUGGAAUAAAUAUGGACGAAUAGUCUAUUACACUAAUUUGAUAUUUUAUUUUCUAUUUGUCAUUUUACUGACAUCAUUUGCUCUCACUGUCCAUCCUCCAAAUUCAAGCAAAUGUAUGGAGAUAUUAGGAAAUGACACUGACACAUUUAUUGAUUGCUUUUCAGAGGGACGUUCUGCCUAUGUUUCUAUUGCUAGUGUAUUUGUGAUUGUUUAUUCUAUAAUCAUGUUAAUACGUGAACUGGCUCAGGUCAUUCAGUUCAAAUUAGAGUAUUUGUCCAGUUUUGUCAACUACAUUGAAGUUCCACUAUUUAUCUUGACAAUAAUGUUUACAUCAGUACGUAGCAACCAGUGUUAUUGUACUCAUUCAUGGCAGUGGCAGGUUGGAGUGAUUGCUGUAUUCCUCAGUUGGAUUGCACUUGUAUUCUCCAUAAGAAAGCUACCAGUAGUUGGAAUAUAUGUGGUCAUGUUUAUAAAGAUUUUUAACAACUUUAUCAAGGUUGUCGUCCUUGCCUUACUAUUAAUCUCAGCCUUUGCAUUUCCUCUUUAUAUGAUGUUUUAUAAUCCUCAAGAUAGAACAGAAGGAAUACGUACUCCAUUUAUCACUCCAUGGAGGACAAUUAUUAAAACAAUAACAAUGACAAUGGGAGAAUAUGAUAUGGAUUCUUUAUUGCGACAGGAUGAUCAAAGGAAUGCUCCUGAUGUACAGUAUCCAGUGGUUACAUUUUCAUUGAUAAUUGUGUUUGUGGUUUUAAUGCCAAUUCUAUUCCUCAAUCUAUUGAUUGGUUUAGCUGUUGGUGAUAUUGAAGAAAUACGAAAAUCAGCUGAUGCUUACAGGCGUACUCUAAGGGUUGAGUUUACACUACCUAUUGAAGAAUUUCUAAGAACCAUUUCAAAUGCAAAACGAUUGCCAAAGAAA